AUGUCUUACUGUCUCAGUUUGACCCGGUUCGGUAUCACGUCCUUGUCCGCCAGAGUCACUCGGAGUGUAGUACCGCCGUCCGUACGAGGGCUGAGCGGUUGUGUCUCACGCUCCUUCACACGGGAUCAGCAGGUUGAAAAACAGCAAAAGUGGAGCAGUCGGCCCAAACUGUGGGGUCCUCAGCAGACGUUCCUUGGGCUCCAGCGACAGUCUUUCUACAGCACGCAGGAGGCGGAGAAGGAGACCGAGGAAGAGCCUUUGCAUACUAUCAUCAGCGAUUCUGAGAGCGUGCAAGGAAGCUUCUCCAAACAUGAAUUUCAGGCAGAGACCAAGAAACUUCUGGACAUUGUUGCCAGGUCCCUUUACUCAGAGAAGGAGGUUUUCAUCAGGGAGCUCAUCUCCAACGGCAGCGAUGCACUGGAGAAACUGCGACACAAACUGAUAACCGCAGGCGGCCAGACGGCUCCCAUGGAGAUCCACCUGCAGACGGACGCUGCCAAGGGCACCUUCACCAUACAGGAUACAGGAGUAGGGAUGAACCAAGAGGAGCUUGUUGCAAACUUGGGAACCAUCGCACGCUCGGGUUCAAAGGCUUUUUUGGACGCGCUGCAAAACCAGGCGGAGGCCAGCAGCACCAUCAUCGGACAGUUCGGCGUGGGCUUCUACUCGGCCUUCAUGGUCGCCGAUCGCGUAGACGUCUACUCGCAGUCGGCCGAACCCGGCUCGCCCGGAUACAAGUGGUCUUCUGACGGCUCGGGGGUCUUUGAGAUUGCCGAAGCCAGCGGCGUCCAGGCAGGUACAAAGAUGGUGCUGCACCUCAAAGACGACUGCAAGGAGUUUGCCUCUGAGGACAGAGUGAAAGACGUGGUGACCAAGUACAGCAACUUUGUCAGCUUUCCCAUUUUCCUCAACGGUCGCAGGCUCAACACCCUGCAGGCGUUGUGGAUGAUGGAGCCCAAAGAAAUCAGCGACUGGCAGCACGAGGAGUUUUACCGCUACGUGGCGCAGGCGUACGACAAACCGCGCUACACCCUGCACUACCGAGCCGACGCCCCACUCAACAUCCGCAGCAUCUUCUACGUACCUGAAACGAAGCCUUCCAUGUUUGACGUGAGCCGGGAGAUGGGCUCCAGUGUGGCGCUCUACAGCAGGAAGGUUUUGAUCCAGACCAAAGCGACUGACAUUCUGCCCAAAUGGCUGCGCUUCCUUCGAGGUGUGGUGGACAGCGAAGACAUCCCGCUCAAUUUGAGUAGGGAGCUGCUGCAGGAGAGCGCCCUCAUUAGGAAGCUCCGUGACGUCCUCCAGCAGAGGGUGAUCCGCUUCCUGCUGGACCAGAGCAGGAAGGAGCCGGAGAAGUACAACAAAUUCUUCGAGGACUACGGCCUCUUCAUGCGCGAGGGCAUCGUCACCACCCAGGAGCAGGACGUCAAGGAAGACAUCUCUAAGCUGCUCCGCUACGAGUCGUCGGCGCUGCCGGCGGGCCAGCUCACCAAUCUGACGGAGUACUCCUCGCGCAUGAAGGCGGGGACGCGCAACAUCUACUACCUGUGCGCCCCUAACCGCCAUCUCGCCGAACACUCGCCUUACUUUGAGGCUAUGAAGCAGAAAGACAUGGAGGUGCUGUUCUGCUACGAGCAGUUCGAUGAGCUCACCUUGCUGCACCUGAGGGAGUUUGACAAGAAGAAGCUCAUAUCAGUGGAGACUGACAUCGUGGUGGACCACUACAAGGAGGAGAAGUUUGAGGACGGCAAACCCGCGUCCGAGCGCCUGACGCAGGAGCAGGCCGACGACCUGACGGCGUGGAUGAAGAACGCGCUGGGCCCUCGUGUCACUAACGUCAAGCUAACUCCUCGGUUGGACACGCACCCCGCCAUGAUCACCGUGCUGGAAAUGGGCGCCGCGCGGCACUUCCUGCGUACCCAGCAGCUUGCACGCAGCGCCGAGGAGAGAGCUCAAAUAUUGCAGCCCACAUUGGAGAUCAACUCCGGACACAACUUGAUCAAGAAGUUGCACGCACUGAAAGACUCCGACAACGAACUUGCCACACUAUUGCUUGAACAGAUUUACGAUAACGCCAUGAUCACGGCAGGUUUGAACGAUGAUCCCCGGCCGAUGAUUUCCCGCCUCAACGACUUGCUGACAAAAGCUCUGGAAAAGCACUGA